CAAAGCCUAUCGGAUGUUCUUUCUUUUUAUCACCCGGAUUUGUGCAAGUCGUGGAUUUUUUCUCCGUUGUGUUUAUUAGUUAAUGCACUUGCUUAAUCUUGUCACUGUAUAAGUGUAUUCGCUGUACAAUGGAAUGCAGCACCAACGAGUUGAGCGGCUCUGGCAGCGGCAGCCUCAUCGGCCGUUGCCCAUAUCGCACCGUUCGUGCCAAAGGAGUAGGCGGAGUCCAGCAGCUUCCAAUGAAGAAGGCUGGCACCAAACAGCGUCUGACCAGACAGAAGCGCGAUAAGUCCUUGACUCUGGCUGCCGCUCGUAGUGCCCCAACAUCCCCAGUGAAGAUGACUCCAGUGCCCAAGUGUAUGACCACCAGGAAUCAGGCUCGGAGGCAGACUAUAACAGCAGCUACCAAUAAAUAUGCAAACUCAGAUCGACCAGUGGACGAUAUCUAUCCACGUCCAAAAGCUCCGACUACGGCUACGUCACAGUCCAAGCCAGGCAUUACCAUUUCGGGUCGCGGUAGCGUCGUGGGCAGAACUGGCAAGAUCCCAGUCUCAAGUCCAAAGCCAAGCAGUCAAGGCUUAGUCUCGGUUAAAGCUUUACCACCACGCUCAAGCCAAGUUUCAACAUUAAAACCAUUCGCCAAGGCAACCCCUGCCUCCACAUCCAGCUCUAUGACGGCGUCCACCGUGGUUGUGCCCUCCACGCCCACAGUCUCAAGCAGCAGCCAGGUGACUGCCAGUCCAUUGGCGAGCACGGUCGGAGCUGAAGUGGGAACCACCACGACUAGCUCUUUCGUGACAGUAAAAUCCAGAGGCGAGAAAGAAAUGCAGACAGAGCGCCUGGACAUAUUCACUGAUCAGCACUUUUUAGAGAUUGUACGCCCACAGAUGGCGGAAAUGAAUCCCCGCCAGAAGUUAAACUUCAAGAAAAAGGUACUCCAUUCCUUAAUAGAAACCUUUGAUGAUGCCACUGACUUCCCAAAUGCUGAGGAGCUACAGCACUUCAACAUUAAUACACCUUCUGGCUUUGAAGACGUCUCGGAUGGUGAGAUGCGCCUGAUGCGAGAGCUAGCGAGUCUGGUUUGUUCCGCCAAGCGCUCGGACGCAAUCUCAAAGUCCACUCCUCUGCCUGUCGUCGCGGACACUCUGCGCCCGGUGGUUCAACCCAAAACCCCAGCUCCUGUGCCAGUUCCACAACCGUGCUACGUCAUUCGGCGCACCACCACACAGGGCAAAGUAGUAAACGUGGUCACGUCUCCGGAGGAGAAGGAGAAGGAGAUCGGGCGCAACGCCAAGCCGAGCGGCGCGGUCACGAUCGUCAGUCUCGGUGUUAAUAGCCCCACGGAGGAGCUGGGCAAGAAGAGCGCCAGCAACUGUUCCGGGGCCAGCGUCAGUCGUGUUUCCCGGGCUCCUAUGGGUGGAUCCAGGAAAGUCACAGAGGGCGCCUCCCCGAUGAACACCCCAUUCGGCUCGACCCCACCACAGGUGUUGCUCGCUAAGCACGGACCCCUCAAGGUACGCACAAAGCCCAGUGAAUUCUCCGUCUGCGAGCCCAUGCUGACUUUGGGUCCGAAACCCGGCAACACAAACAUGAGGAAUCUCACGGAUGAAGUCAAGCGUCGCCGGAGCCCCGACCCGGGCAUGGUCCCAGACUACCAGCGGCCCCGCUACUCCAGGACCGUCGCACCUGGCCCCGGAUCUAUAGCUGGCCAAGCAGCAGCUGCCGCUGCCCCACACGACAGAAAGAUGAGGAAGUCGACAGGUAGCGUAUCCGCCAGCCAGGAGCAGCCCCCGCCGCCCGGCUUGGCUCUCAAAGGCCUCUUGCAGCCCAAGCCGGCCACCGGGUCCCCCCUGUCAGGUGGGCCCGGCCUUUCCCUGAAACGGAGCCUUCCCUUGGCCAACGCCCAAAAAAGCAUGGCUGAUGUGGUAGCCGAUCCGCAAGAGCAGGAAAUGCGUCGAACCCAAGGUUCAGAAGAGUAUACGGAGACCGCUGGUACCAUCGCAGCCGAUGACUUAUCGGGCUUGCUGAAGGAAGAUUUUGACGACAUUUUGGGCAUGUAAGGCAAUCCGAGAGUCCGAAUAAACCUUGACGCAUGCUUGAGAUAAUACAUUUGAAUACUAUACAUUUAUAGUCCCAAAAGAACACUGAAAGUUUGUAUGACAACAUUUUUAAUUUUCUAUUCGUAUAAUUGAUUCCAAUACUUGACAUUCGGAUAACCAUUAAAUACAUCACACGAAUGAGUUAUGAAAUUAUAUACAUAGAUGACUGUCUAUUUGGACACUCGAGUAUGUACAAUACAGUAUAAAUGACGUGUGUAUUAACUAUCAACUGACAAUUUGUGGUUAAAUCAAAUUCUUAAUUCUUUUCAAUCCUUGAUUUUUUGCAUUCAUUUAAAUAAAAGUUGUGAACAUUGUAAACAUUGCAA